GUUCCCGAUAGUUUGCUAACUUCCGGGUUUUGUAGUUUUUGACAUUAUUUUGUCAAAUUUUCGAGUUUAUACGGGUGACAGAUGUCAACACCCAUCCCUCAUCAUUCUGGUCAAUGAUAUACAAUUGCUCUAUAAAGCAGAGGAAUGGCAGAUGAAGAGAUUCUAUUUGAUGAUGUGUACGAUUUGCAGGCUGUCAUUGGAAAGGGUCCAUUCAGCAUUGUGCGAAGAUGCCUGCACCGGGACACGCAGCGCCAGUUUGCCGUGAAGAUUGUAGAUGUGGCCAAGUUCACCUCCAGUCCUGGACUAAGUACCGAAGACCUGAAGAGGGAGGCCAGUAUCUGUCACAUGCUGAAGCAUCCUCACAUAGUGGAACUGCUCGAGACAUACAGCUCAGAUGGCAUGCUCUACAUGGUCUUUGAGUAUAUGGAUGGGGCAGACUUGUGUUUUGAGAUCGUCAAACGAGCAAACCAGGGGUUCGUCUACAGUGAGGCUGUAGCCAGCCACUACAUUCGUCAGAUCCUUGAGGCCGUUCGCUAUUGCCAUGCCAACAACAUCAUACAUCGAGACUUAAAGCCACAUUGUGUCCUUCUCGCGUCCACUGAAAACUCCGCACCUGUGAAGAUUGGGGGAUUUGGCGUGGCCGUGCAGCUGCCGGAGACAGGGAAAAUCACAGGAGAUUAUGACCUUAAGCAUGGGCUUGAACCCUUGGUAGAGUUUCGUGCAGACAGAGUCGGUCGUAUAGGUACUCCCCAGUUCAUGGCUCCUGAAGUGGUGAACCGGGAAGCCUACGGGAAGCCAGUGGACAUCUGGGGGUGUGGCAUCAUGCUGUUUAUACUGCUGUGUGGUUAUCCUCCCUUCAUGGGAACCAAGGAACGCCUUAUUGAACUUAUUGUGCAGGGGAGAUACCAUAUGAGGGAGAAACAGUGGAUCACAAUUUCCCCCGAGGCAAAGGACCUCGUGUCACGGAUGUUAGAGGUAGACCAGGAACAGCGGAUCACUGUGGAAGAGGCCCUGCAGCACCCCUGGAUCAGGGAUCGGGCCAAAGUGUCAAAGUCACAUCUCACAGAAAGCGUUGAAGAGCUGAGAAAAUUCAAUGCCAGGAGAAAACUCAAAGGUGCUAUAAUGGCUGCUGUGUCCAGUUCGAAGUGGACCAGUUUUUACAAUGACCCUCCGCUGAACGAGACAAUGGACGAGGAUGUUACCAGCACUGGAGCUGUGUCGCACGUGCUGGAUUCACUGGAGGAGAUCACGUGCCUGACCGACUGUGCGGGGAACGAGGAGGAGUUCCUGAUGCACGUGCUCGAGGACACGAGACUUCACUUGUUGCUAAAUCUGUAUGACAAGAUCAGUUCUAGACCUGUAGCCUCGGCCAAACCCCCGCCUGCAGAUGCUGUCACCAGGGCCACAGAGGUGAUAUCGACUGUGGAGCAAUUGAAGGGACCAGAGUCUGAGGAACUGUGUAUCCUGCUCAAUAAACCACACCUUAAGGCCCUACUCCAAGCACAUGAUGUUGUGGCCCAUGAGAUAUAUGGGGAGGAAGCAUUGAGAGUAACACCGUCCCCAGUACAGCCUUUCUUGAACGGAACUAUUGAGCCGGAAUCACCAGAAAUGUCAGAACCAGAUACAAUUACACGUGUACGCCUCGUGCAGUUCCAGAAAUCUACAGAUGAGCCGAUGGGCAUUACGCUAAAGCUGAAUGAUGAUGGACGAUGUGUGGUUGCCCGUAUCAUGCAUGGUGGAAUGAUACAUCGGCAGGGAACGCUCCACAUCGGCGACGAGAUACGGGAAAUCAACGGCAUCAGCGUCGUCAAUCAGACCGUGGAAAAUCUGCAGAAAAUGCUGAAAGUCCAAGGCACUGUGAGUUUCAAGGUGAUACCGAGCCAGCGUGGUCUCGUGACGCGAGAGAGAUACGAAAAUAACAACCACAAAGAGAUUUACGUGCGGGCGUUGUUUGACUACAAUCCCCAUGACGAUGAUCUGAUCCCAUGUACCCAAGCUGGUAUCUCGUUCUGUGUUGGAGAUGUUCUCAGGGUGAUAAGUAAGGAGGACACUAACUGGUGGCAAGCACGGCGGGUGGAGAUGGUCACCAGUGAGCCUGCGGGCCUCAUCCCCUCCCCCGAGCUACAGGAAUGUCGGGCCACCACUCUGGCACAGGAACGGGCAAGACAAGAACACUCCGUGCACUGUUCGUGGUUUGGUAAGAAGAAGAAGGACAAGUAUUUGGCAAAACACAACGCCGUCUUUGACCAGUUGGAAGUGAACACUUACGAGGAGGUGGUCAGAUUGCCCGCCUUUGUUAGGAAAACCCUGGUUCUACUUGGUGCUCAUGGGGUGGGACGCCGCCAUAUAAAGAACACACUAAUCACUACACACCCGGACAGAUAUGCAUACCCCAUCCCCCACACAACUCGUCCCCCAAAGCCAGCGGAAGAAGAUGGUAAGAACUACUUCUUUGUGACACAUGAGCAAAUGAUGGCGGACAUCGCAGCAAAUCAGUACCUUGAAUACGGGACUCAUGAAGACGCAAUGUACGGCACAAAGCUGGAGACGAUCAAACAAAUACAUGAGGUCAGCCUUAUGGCUAUACUGGAUGUCGAGCCACAGGCUCUAAAAGUAUUACGGACAAGAGAGUUUUGUCCGUUUGUAGUAUUUAUAGCAGCACCUACCAUACGGCCACCUCAGGAGGCGUUAAAAGUGUUGAGAUCGGCAGAGUACGCCCCCUUUGUUGUGUUUAUUGCCGCCCCUCGAGCUGCCGACCUUCAGUUAGAUAAAUCUUCUGGAAUUGACGAUGGGAGUUUAGAACGUCUUGCCAAAGAAAGUGAACUGCUUGAAAAACAUUAUGGUCAUUACUUUGACUACAAAAUAGUGAACAACGAUAUAUCUGAGACUAUAGAGAAGCUGGAACGUGCCAUUGACAACGUGUGCUCCACACCCCAGUGGGUGCCUGUUAGCUGGGUGUAUUAGUAGCCAUGCUGGCAUCUAGUGGAUACACAGGAAGCAGUGUUUUAGUAGCCAUGCUGUCAUUUGGGGUAUUAGUAGCCAUGCAGUCAUCUUAGUCGUUACACUAGAAGCCAUUUUUUAGCAGCCAUGCAGUCAUCUGAGGCUUAUAGCCAUGCUUUCAUCUUAAGUGGAUACACUAGAGGCUGUGUUUUAGUAGCCAUGCAGUCAUCUGGGGAUUAGUAGUCAUGUGAUCAUCUGUGUAUAUAUACGUAGCCAUCCAGUCAUCUCGUAGAUACACAGGUAUCCGUGAAGUCAUCUGGUGUUUUAGUAGCCAUGCCGUCAUCAAGAUUGUACCAUGGAGGAAUUGUUUUAAGUAUGAAUUGAAAAGCAAGUGUUAAAUUGCAGCUAGGGGAUAUGUUCAUUGUUUACUGAAAGACAAAAUUGCAGCUUUAGUUGUGUGUUUGUCUAGAUUGUAAUUUAGAGAAGUUGUUUUAAUUGUAAAUAAAAAGCAAGACUCUUGUUAAGUCACAGCUAUCAUGAUCUAGUACCAUUGCACUAUGAUAAGAAGAAAUGGUUAGUUGUCAAGUGAAAAGGUUGAUGAAUCCAAAGGCAUGCAAUUGAGAAUGUUUAAGUUUGAAGGAGUAAUUUUAAUUAAUUGACUUUUGCUAAAUCAUGGUAGCAAUGGGCAACAUCGUUUGUAUAAAAAAUGCUUUAUCAAACCAUGUGUUACUGUUUGGUUGCAAGUUGUGAUCUUCACUAUUGGUGAACUUUUAACAUUGUCGUCAAAUGGCGCCUUGAAUUUGUAUAGUGAAAAAAGGAAUUAAUGUUAAAAUGCAGCUACACAGUCAUUUAUUACUUGUACAAGGAGAAUACAGCAAGGGGAUGAGGUGCUGACAUUGGUAGAUUCUUGUAACAAAAACAAAGAUAAAACUCAUUUGCUGGAACUUAGUGGCUUUUGAGGGCAUUUAAGGGGUCACCUUAUCAAGAACCGUCUGUCAAAAUAUCGUGAGAUUAUGAUUUUUAAUUGGAUUUUUCAUUAGCAGCACAAAUUGAAUGUAAAAUUUAGCUUGCAUAUUCAAGUAAUGUUUUCUCACAUUUUCAUUCUUAUCAUUAUUAUAUUAUUGCUUCUGAAAUAAGCAUUAUUCCUACAAGGGAUUACAGAUUUUAAAAAGCGAUCAUCAUCGUGAUGAAACAUGCAUUGAUGAGAAUGGCCCCUGAAUCACAAAUAUGCUUAAGAUUUAUCCAACCAAUUCAUGCAGUAUACAAAAUAUUGUAUACAGCGGAAAAGUAAAAUAAAGGAAAUAUUAUUUUUAUUGAAAAUAUUGAUUUAUUUGUUUGUUUAUCAAUAUUCUACAAUGAAGUGUGUAAUAUUAUAUUCAAAUUAAGUCAUUUAUGAUACAUAAAACAAUUGAAGAUGUGUUUGCUUUAAACAGUUCUAUCAUGCUAUGCUGUUACAUGGUUGAUUGAGUUGAGAUUGAGAAACUACUUAUAUAUGUUUGUGAUAUUAGGGAACCUGAGUACCUGUGUGACCAGUGAAUAUUGAGGUGUAUUUUGCCGACCAUAAAAUGGAGGGCAAAGCACUUUCAUGUCUAUAAAAUGAACCUGGGUCAUGGAGGUUACUUUUAGAUAAUUAAUGAAGAACACAUAAUUUAGCCAAUCAUCAAUUAAUAAAUGAUAAAUAAAUAAGUCUGGUAUAGGUAUUAGAUGUACAAAUUUGCUUAUCAGUUUAUUUUCAUUAAUGCCUGGUGUACAAAAAAAGAAAAUGCUUUUUACCGAAAUGCGCUUAAAAUGCAAAAAAAAAAAUAUAGGCUUAAAAUGCAAAAAGAAUGUGCUUUUAACACAGAAAAGGUGCACUUGGUAAGAAGAGUAGGCUUAAAUAUGGUGCCAAUACCUCUGCAGUAAUGCGCAUUUAACACACUUUUGAAAAGUGGUGACCCCAUAGAAUUCUGUUAUCAAUUGAAAGAGAUAAGUUACUGUAUUGGAUACUAAAAUGUUAAAAAGAUCACUUAAGAUGUACAUAUUUGGCAAUCGUUGAAGACCAAUAAAGCCUAUUUGUUUGAUCAAAUUACCGAAAGUUUAUUUAUUUUUAUCUCUAUACAUAAACCCCUUUCAAAUGAUAUGGGGUCACAAGGCAUAAAAAAUGUGCAUCAAGCACCUUAAGUGGUUUCUAUUUGUUUGCUUAUAAUCUAACAAUUAACCCUAGAAUUGUUUUAUAACCUGGAUAAUAUUCUAUGUUGGAAUGUUUGUAUAAUGCUAUAAGUUGUAUGUGAUGUUCUAUUUUUGCAAUAAUAUCUUCAUGUAUUUGAUACAUAACAUCCUUUAGAAAAUAUACAACAUAUGUAAAUACAUUUGAAAAUACAUGUUAAUAUACAACAUAUGUAAUGUUAUAUGUGUGUAAUUACAUGUGAAAUACACAUAAAUAUUCAACAUGUGUAACUACAUAAUAUGUAACUACACAUGUUGUAUAUUUACGUGUAUUUAAUUCACAUAUUGUGAAAUACAUUUAAAUAUAUAACACUUGAAAUUAUACAUGUUAAUAUACAACACAUAUGAGAUACAUGUAAAUAUAGAACAUGUGUAAUUACAUGUGAAAUACAUGUAAAUAUAGAACAUUUGAAAUUACAUGUGAAAUACAUAUAAAUAUACAACAUGUAAUUACAUGUGAAAUACACAUAUUAAAUAUAUUACAUGUGAAGUACACGUGAAUAUAUUACAUGAAUAAAUUACAUAUGAAAUACAUGUGAAUAUACAAUGUGUGUAAUUACAUGUGAAAUACACUUAUUUUUCUGUUGAUAAUACAAUUUCUGAAGCUCUAUUUAAGUAGUGAUUCCUGUAAUAAUUAAUCAGAAUUCUGUUGAAAAUAGAUAGAUAAAUAAUGAAAUGACGUGUAUUAUAUUUAUAAUAUAUAGCUUUUAAAUUAUUAUAUUGUAUUAGUUGUAUAUACAAUUGAUUUACAUGUUAUACCAUAGACUUUUAAAAUUGGAAUGUGCUGAUAGAAGCAUUUAGCGGCAACGAUUAUCUCAUAACAUAUGUCAAGAUAUUUAAGAAUAGUGUCAGCAAUAACAGUCAGAGACAUAGCAACUUUAAAUCAAAGAAGAUCUUGUUACGAGUUAACUGAAUACAUUCAUCAUGAAAACUCGAAUGUGUUAUAUUUCCGCCUUUUUUAUUUUCCUAUGUUGUUGUUGUUUUUGCUGGUCAAAUGGAUGCGAAAUUCUACAGCUCGCAUAUUACAAAAAUAGCUGUGAUUCAAGAUGUCUUCUUGCUGUUACAGUUACAUUUUAAAGGUUUAAUUGAGUAUCUAUUGUAUUGUUAUUUAUAGAUUAUGGUAUUACAAUUUAUAUUUUACCUUAAGUCUAUACUGGAAUAUAUAUAUAUAGCCUUAUUUUUCUGAAGUGUCAAAAGAAGUUAAAUUAGAACAACAUUUGUACAAUUUUUUUUACAUUUAAUAUAUUUGACAUUGAAUUUCUGUAUUUCAUACAUUAUAUUUUUUUCCAUAUAUUUUCCCAUAUCAAUUUUUCCUUUUUUAACUUGAAUAUACCUUUUCUUUUCUCUGUCUCUUGUAAAUUGUUUGCGGGAUGAACCUUGAACGGUUCUCAGGGCCGGUAUACAUAAAACCUUUUAAAUCAAUUUUUAAUUUAAGUCAAUUUCCGAAAUUUUUCAUUAUCAGAUUAAAAGAAAAGUGUUUGGAGAAAUACCGGUACUAAUAACUUAGGAAAUGUCUUCAGAUGUUUUAUAAAUACCGCCCCAGGCUCUUAGAUUGGUAUAAGGCAACUGUUGCCGGAAAUUUUCCUAUCAUAGUAUUACCAAGUUGCGGAUAACUAAUGCACCAUGUCAUAAGUUGUUAUGAAAUUUUUAAUCUUUUCAUUGAAGUCAUUGACUUUUGACUUAUAUAUGCGAUUGGGAUAAAAAAAAUAGAAGGCUUGCACUAAAUUAUAGAAAUAUUCCACAGCACUGAGGGUCAUCAUGACAUUAUACGGACCGGCCAGUCAGCCCCUGGAAGGUGUAUAUGGACCGAGGAGAUGGUCUAGAUCCAUUAACCUUAAGGUGCUGAAGUGAAUAAUACAUAAAUUUUAUAUAUAUUUGUAUUGUUUCUGUACAAAUAUGUAAUUGUUAUGAUUUUUAGUUUUAUUUUAUCUUAUUUGAAGUUGCGGUAUUGGGAGUUGUUUUUAUUAAAGAAAUAUGCAAACCUUACUAAUACUUAACGUUUUGAAAUGGUUGUGUGUUUUGUUUGCAUAGUUUUAUUUUUAUAUAGACAGAGAUAGAAAUGCAGACAGGAAAAGGGUAUCAUAAAUUGUCUUUAUUUUGUUAAGUGUCAUUCCUAUUGUCAAUCAUCAGGCGUUUUGCAUUUACUGUUUUCUGUUAAAUUUUUCUUUGCAUUGAAUAAUUGUAUCAUUUUUGUGUAUAAAAGCUAAUACUAUUUCUAUUUUAAGUCCAGACAUUAUUUUUGUGAUAUUUUAUCAGAAUUGUGGCUGGAAGAUGAACACAAGUUUUGUAUUUUCCUUAAAUGACACAGAUUUAAAAACAUUAUCAGGGCCUCGUUCCAACCAAGAUUGUAAGGCUUAAGAUCUUAAAUUUUCAGGCAUGACCCUGUUCUUGGCAUAAACCCCAUCUAAUAAAAACAUCAUAAGAACACAUACAUAGCAUUGAUUUAACUUAAAGGCUGUCCCAAGCACUCUUAAGCUGCAACUAAGGGAUACGACUAAGAUACAUUAUUGAAUAAAGGCAUAUAAUAACUCGUACUAAGAGUCCAGCAAUAUUAUAUAAAUAAUCUGGAGGAUAUAUGUGCAGUCUGUUCUUAAAAUCCCACAGGCCUGUGCCCCAUUCAAUAAUGAUCUUAGUUGCUGAAAUUAUAUCAAUGUAGUAAAUUUGUUACUUUCAUGUUCCUACUGAUUCCAAGCCCCAAUUUCUCAAAAAUUAAUAAGGGUUACUCACUGAAGUAUUUUAUUUCUUUAAGCAAAAUUACUUACUUGAAUAUGAUUUCUAUUAUGAAAAAGUAGUUUAUCUUAUUAAUCUCAAGUAUCAUUUCCUUUAAAAGCAUCAAAACCCUUUAAAAAUAGAAUAUUACACAAUUUAUACCAAAUCAAAAAUAGUGUGCUGAGCUUGAUCCCCAGUUGUAACUGACUGGAGUUGUUUUGAGAAAUUGGGGCCUGAUCUUUGAACUGGGACUAAGAUUCAACGAAACGAAACGGUUCCAACCAAAAUUAAAUCAUUAUGUUACUUUUGACCCAAAUUAGUCGGGAACUUAUAAUUUAGCACUGUAGAGUCCAAGACUUUUUGGGGCUUCAGAAUGUUCUUUGUGCUUAGGAAUUUGGUUGACCUGUCAUACCAAAUGGCCUAUGUUUCAAACAUAAUAUGAUUUCACACAUAUUGCAUAUGAAGAUUUGAAACUAGUUUUACAUUUAAUUUUGUUAAAUAAGAAACUUUGCUUUUAGUAAAUCAAAAUUUGUAAAUAGCCUGGUAGUUGAAAACAGAGCAUACUCUGUAAAUUUAUGAAUGUCCAGUGUAAGAUUAGUUUAUCAUUAUAUGUACUUAUUGCAUACUUGACCAAUGAUAGGAUACACAUGUAAUAUAAUGAAUUUAUCAAUAAAUACAAAGCAAAAUGA